GUACACGAAAUAAUACGAAGAAUUUCUUUUGGAAAACAUAGCCUUGGCUACAGAUAAAUAAAAGACAUGGAAACUAAAUUGAUGAACUGUGUGCUUCAAUUCGUCUGCUUCAUAGCCCUUCUAGACGCUCAGAGCUCAAUGUCCUACCCGCAACAGCCGUCAUACCAGCCACAGCCGUUUCCGCCUGAGCAGCCGUACCAGCCGUCACAACAGCUUCCCUACCAACAGCCGCUACAGCCGCAAGUAUAUCCAUUGGAUCCGAACCAACAACCACCAGGCUUCAACAUCAACAGGCAAUACCCCGAGCCAUAUUCCCCUGGGUACGAGUACGAAGUAGUGGAGUACGAGCAUCCCACCACGCCGAAACCGCUGCCGCAUCCACCGCCUCCACCAGGGUUGUAUCCACCACAAACUUUCACCGCUGUCAACAGCUCUCCCGUGUCCGACCAAUAUCUUUCACCCAAGGUUCAAAUCCCACCCAAGGUUCAAAUCCCUCCCCAGCCGAAAGCUACCCCCCGUCAAAUCGGACAACCAGAAAAUAAAUUUUAUCCAAAAACUACGGCGGUCCAGAAUAAACAAAUAUUACAAUCGCAAGUCAACGCUUUAAACAAAGCCGCGAACCUAGCCCAUCAACAAUUUUUUUCAACGCUACGAACUCAGUUAUUACUGGCCCAGCAUCGGAAUAAGUUGGCCCAGAACCAGUACAAUCUGGCAUAUCGAACCCCAGCCAGUUACCAUACGACGCAGCAAAUUUAUCAGCCCGCGUACAGGCCCAACGAUCCGGUGAAGGAGGUGUAUGAGAUGCUAUCGACGGGGGAGGUGAAGUGUAAAUCCUUGUACCACAUCCACAACUUUGACUACAUGGCACAGCAAACGUCGACAUGCGGGCAGACGUUACGCUGCCCCGCGCCCUACAGCCAGGAAGUCCAGAUGGGCAGCGUGUGUAUGUGCUGCCCUUACUUAGAUCCAGCGACUAUGAACGCUUUACGGAUGCGCCCCCAACUAUAGUGAUGUAAAGCUACCCAAAAUCUUUCAAGUUAUUUAUAUUUUCAUGUAAUUUUAUAAUAAAAUC